AAUUUGGCGUCACUUUUGUUGUUUGUUGCCCGUCGGGAGAAUUUGUGAAUUUUAUUUAAAGAGAUACGAAAAUUAAAAUUAAAUUUAUUGUAUUUUUAUUAUAAAAUAAAAUCAUGGUUAAGCUUACAACGGAAUUAAUUAUGAAUUCAUAUCAAUUCAUAAAUCCUGUUAAAGACAGAGAAUUGGAUUUAAGAGGUAAGCAAUCUAAUACAAUGUGUUUAAUACAUUUUUCUGUCAACAGAUUUAUAUAAAAUAUACAUAAUAUGUUAAUAAUUAUGACUUAUUUAAAAAAUAAUUAAUAAUUCGAAAUGUUUAGGUUAUAAAAUACCGUUAAUAGAAAAUAUGGGUGCAACUCUUGACCAGUUUGAUACAAUUGACUUUUCAGACAAUGAUAUUAGAAAAAUUGACGGUUUUGCAUUCCUCAAACGUUUGAAAAAUAUAAUAUUUAAUAACAACGCCAUUGUGUAAGUAUUCAACAUUGAAUAAUUUGUACAGAAUAGGUAGAAUAAAAUUAUAAAUAUUGGCAAAAUCGAAUGAAAUUACAGUGGGUCCAAAAACUAAAAAUAAUAAUAGGUAUUAAAUAAUACCUGCAUUUAAGCACAUAAUUUUUGGGGAAGUAUGAAGAGGAGCUUAGUCCUCCAUUUCUCAUUCUAAAUAUAGGUGUAUUAAAUACUUAGAUUAAUUGCUCAGUCUAUUCAAACUUAUACACUUUUUAAGAGCAACAAAAAAAAAUCAAAAUUAGGACAAAAAUAAUAUAUAUAUCUAUUUAAACAUCAAUUCUGAGUAUAAUUCAGAUUACAAUUUUGACACUUUGUAGUUGAUUUUCAGUAUUUUUUCUCAAAACAUGCAUCAAUAUUUUUUCAGUUACCUUCAGCAUUUCUGGAUGAAGCUUUUUGAGCUUAUUUUCCAAUAUUAUUGAAAUAUUGUUAUAAAAGCAAUAAUUAUUUGUGUAAUCAAUAUCUUCUUCUUCAGCUGAAUGGUCCAUUCAGGACCCGCGUUCCCAUCAAAAUCUCUCACCAUCUAUCCCUCAGGUACGCAUCUGUAAGGAUGUGCUUUGGUCUAUCAUUAAUAAAGCUUGGCAACUACAUAAAUUUAUCAAAUUUUGGGUCAUCCUAGAGGUCUUUAUUUAUUUUGUUGAUAAGUACAUUUUUAAUUAACUACCCAUUUGACCUCCACGCGUGCCUAAACCAUUCUAAGCUUUUGAUCCUUAUAAAAGAGAAGAUGUCUGGCCUAUUAUAUAGCUUUUUAAAAUCUUCAUUGCUUCUUUUUUUUUAUCCCAGUUUCUAGGUAAAAAAAAUGGUUUAUAUAUUGUUUUCAAGACUUUUCUUUUAAAUGUGAUUAAUUUUCUACUAUUGCCUUUAGUUAAUGACCAAGUUUCACAAGCAUAAUAUUCUAUUAUAGGUCAGAAGUAGCUAUAACCUAAUAUUAUCUUUGAUCUUCUAGAUAACAGCUUUUAUCUUAAAAUUUUAAUUGUAUUGAAAUAGCAUCUAUUUCCAUUCUUGUUCUGUAAAUUUAUUUCUAUUUGCAUGAUGAUUUUGUUAUUAAUAUUUUUAACAACUUUUUCAAAUGAAUAAUACUAAUAAUAUUUUUAUUAUUAAUAUUCUAUAUUUGACGAUCUUCGUAUUUAGUUUUUUUUUCAUUUAUGUGUAAUCCCAUUUCUUUAAUUGCAUACAAAAACUAGUUGCAGGUAUUUUCCAAAUUCAAAAUAUUUAGACACUGUCUUAGUCUAUGGUCUGUAGUGGAUUUUCCUCUCUUAAAACUGCAUUGGUAAUUGCCAGCUAUUUCUUCGUCGUGAUAACAACAUUUUAUAUCAUGAUAUAAUUAAUAUACUUUUGCUUUUCUUUGAAUCUAAAAGUUAAUAAAAUGAUUGAAAUUUAUUCUAUCUAAGGUCAAUUAAAUUGAUACAAAUUUUUUAUCUAUAAUAAAAUGACAGUAUAUCUCAUCCAAAUUUAAUAAUUUUAAAUAAUGGGGAAUUAUUUUUACUAUUUCUAUAGUUAUCAUACUAUUGUAGUUAUAUAUAUUCAACAUUCUAAUAUGUGACACAUUUAAAAUGUUUGGUAUGUUUCGCCUUCAUCCCAACUAUUUGGGGUCAUCCACCCUUGUUCUAAACUUCCACUUGAUCCAAUCCCUCACAUUGUCUUCGUAUUCAACCGCCUCUUUUUUGGUCUUCCUCUCCCCUAUUUUCUUCUAUGUCUAUUUUCAUUACAAGUUUUACUGCUCCUGAUUUAUCUCUUUUCAUAACAUGCCCAAACAAUCUUAAUCUAUUUUCUCUCAUUUUGUCUAAAAUCAAAGCCACACCUAAACUACUUCUUAUGUACUCAUUCCUUAUCCAAUAUUCUACUAUUAAUUCACUUCUACACCUAGCAUUUUAAUCACUGCUACACUCACUCUCUAUGCUAUUUUUCUGUCUACUGACUAACACUCUAAACCAUACAACAUAGUUAGUCUCACCACAGUUUUGUAGAACUUGCCUUUGAGAAUGAUUGAAAUUCACUUGUUACAUAAAAUAUCUAACACUUCUCUCCAUUUUAUCCAACCACACUUAGCUAAUCCAUUAAUCCACAAUUAAUUAAAUACUUUCAAAAUAAAGAAAAUCAAUUUUUUUUUUUUUAUGAGAUAAGGAUAAAGAUAUUUAUAUUUAAAUCAAUUUUUUAUGUUUUCAUAAAAACCUAAAAUAAUAACUUUUUAUUCUAUUAUUUUAGAAAAAUUUGAAGAUUUUAAUUUUAUAGAAAUUAUUUUUCAGGAAAUUUGUGUGUAUUAACUUUUUAAAUUUGUGAAUUUUAAUAAUUUUUUAAAGUUCUGAGAAAAGAAGUGUAUAGUCAAUUAGCCAUAAUAAUAAUAAUCAAUUAACGAAUGCUAUUACAGCCUGCUGCAUAAGUUUAGAUACUUUUCUCUGAACAUAAACAAAGUAUUAAAAAUCUCAAAUUUAAUGAAAAUAAAAAGUUAAAACAUCUACAUUUUAAUAAUAAUAAAUUAUAAAAAGGGUAUCUUCAAAUUUUUUAAAAUAAUUAAAUAAUUAUAGUAAUAUUUAUUCAAAUAAAUGAAAUAAAAAGUUAUUUUUUAGUCUUCUUCCCAAAAUAUAAAAAACUAAUUGAAAUAUAUAUAUUUGUAGUCUUUAUCUCUGUAAGUAAUAUAAAAAUAACAGAAAUUGAUGAUCUUUCUGAUCUCCGGAGAUAUUACAAUUAGUAUAUUUUUGUGGGACACCUAUAUAUACUCUGUUUUACUUCUACUUAUCUUUAGUCCCUUUCCUUCAAGUGCUAUUCUCCAUUCCUCAAGCCUAUUGUUAAUUUUUUCCAGAUUUUCUCCUAUAAAAACUAUAUCAUCUGCAAACAGCAUGCACAACAAAAAAUAGAUAAGGGUUCAAGACGAUGAUGCCCACCUACUCUAACCCAAAAAUCUUCCAUUAUUAUUCCACGUGCAUUUCUUGUACUCGUAUUUGAACCUUCUUAUAUAUCCUCUACCAAACUAAUAUAUAAUCUUGGAACUCCUUUCCGCAUUAAUGCCCACGUCAGAACUUCUUUUAGCACUGUCACAAACCUUCUCUAAAUCUAUAAAAGUAUUACACAUAGGUUUUUCUUGUCUCUGUACUUUUCCACAAUCUAUUUUUAAAAAAAUAUUCUUUUUUUUAAACCUUUAAAUAACAGUAGGAUCACAUUAAUACUACUACUGUAACACAUUAAAUAUAUGUUCAUAUGUUAGUCUCUAAUACACUAAAAAAAAAAAAAACCUUAUAAAUAUUUUUUAUAUUAUUUGCAGUCGUAUAGCUGAUAACUUAGAUCAAUGUCUGCCAAAUCUUGAAUCUUUAAUACUCACAGGUAAUCAAAUUCAAGAACUUGGAGAUUUAGAUCCUCUUGCUUCACUUCCCAAACUAAAAAUGUUAAGUCUCUUGCAUAAUCCAGUUGCAUCAAAAGAACAUUAUAGACUUUAUGUGGCACAUAAGAUUCCUCAAGUUCGGAUUUUAGAUUUCAGGAAAAUUAAAUUGAAGGUAUGACCUUAUUUAUUAGUUAACUAAGUAAUGAUAACAAUACAUAAUAAAUUGAUUUAUAUUAUAGGAAUACGAAGCAGCUAAAGCAUUAUUCAAAGGAAAAGAAGGAAAAGAACUUAAAAAGAAAUUAGUUAAGAAGUCUAAUCAAUUUGUCCCUGGAGAAGGCUUGGAAAAUAGAAGAGCAAACGGUAAUAAUUAAUUGUAUUUAGUUUCUACUCAUAUUUGUUUUACAGUUGAUUAAUUCAAUAAUAUAUAUAUCAAUAUAUAUAGUUACCAAAUGUUAUUUAUGAUUGUAUUUUAGUUUAUGGCCAAAUAAGUUUUAUAAUAAUACAUUUAUAGUUAACACGUCAUAAACGCUACUAUUAUUAUAUGUACAUUGUUUAAACUAAUAUUUUCCAUCUUAAAUAAGCUUUUCAAUAAUUUGUAUAUUUUUAAAAUGUUAACUAUGAAAGGUAUAAUGAAAAUAUAAAAUUAUUGUGAUAUCCUGGAAAGAAUUAACUUUUUUCUUAAUUUUUUUUUUUUACAAUUUAAGAAAACUAAUUUUGAAAUGUUACAUUACCAUUAUUUUUUGGGGUGAACUGAAUACCUACUUUUGGUUUUAAAUUGACAAUUUAUAUUUAAAAAAUCAGGGAGCACUAAUUUAAAUACAUUUUGGUAUUAGGAUUUUUGAUUUUAAUAAACCUAUUUAUGGUAUAUUCCACUUUUAAGAUUGAGUAAGAAGAUAGUAGUGGAGCAUAAUUUAUAUGGGAGCACAGCACAUAGUGUUUGAAUAAUUUUCCCCAACUGUCCCCAUAUCAAGCUAUGCAUAUUUAAAAUUUGAAUAUCUUCUCAAUGGGUUGAUGAAAAUCAAAAAUAUCAACACUAAAAUGUAUUUAAAUGAAUACUUUAUGUAUGGAAUUUUUAAUGUAACAUUUUAAAGCUACUUAUUUUGAAAUUGUCAAAAUCAAAAUUUCGAAAAAUGUUAAUACUUUUCAAGAUAUUGUAAUGAUCAAUAUCUACAUGGAGCACCUUGUAUAUCAAGGGGUGCAAUGUAGUUAACUUACUUUAUUUAUUUUUAAUUGAAUGAAACUAAUAUAUAUUUACAUAGGUAAAUAAAAUAGUUAAGUGGAUACAAAAUUAGAGAAUAAAAUGAUUAAUAGAGUUGAACAUAUUUUGUUUAAAUAUACACAUAUUACUUGAAUGCUUAAUUAUUGCUUAAAAUUAAUUUAUUAAUAUUUCUUAAUUAAUAUCCAAUUAUUAUAAUUAAAAACUAAGGAAAUUGUUAUUAUUAUUUUUUUAUUUAUUAAGGUCACACCCAUGAAGAAAUGUGGAGAAUUAGAAAGGCAAUAUCUGAAGCAACAUCAUUAGAAGAAGUUGAACAUUUAACCAAGUUGCUUCAAGCUGGACAAAUUCCUAAUAAAGGUCAAAAGAAAAAGCCUGGUGCACAAAACGAAGGUUAGUAAAUAAAUAAAAAGUACAUUUGUUAAAAUCGUUUAAUGAUACUAUGUAUUGUAUUAGAAGAAAAUAUUGAAGAAUUUGAUGAUGAUGAUAAUGAAGCAACAGAACCAAUGGAACAGUAAUGGUCCAAUACUGAUUCUCCACUAUUUUAUAUAAUAAGCCAGAAAGUUUGGUUAUAACUUAAAAAUUAUAUUUAAAACUGUAUCAGUUAAUAAAACGAUAACAGCAGAUACAUACACUAUUGGUCUUUUUGUAUAAUUAAUACUUUAAUUAAUUAAAGUAUUAAUUUUCUAUUAAUUAUUUACUAUUAAACUUUGUUCUUCCAUAUUACUAUAAGCAGUGUAAACUUUACACUUGUAUAAGUAAUAAUGAUACAAUUAUUUUAUAAAUUUUUAAUCCUAUAUUCAUUCAUUAAUUUAUUUUAAAUACAAUAUGAAUUAAAUGUAUUUUAAUUAGAGAUGUUACGUGCCCUGAUUUUUAAGGUUAAAUCGAACCGAACUUUUAAAAUAUGUUAUCGAAUUCGAACAUUAAGAUAGGUUAGGUCAAAAACAAGUCCCUUAUUCUGUGGACAAAAUUGUUAGACCAAACAAAAAUUCUUGAAAAUUUAAUAGGAGAUUCAUCAUGAAUUAAUAAUUUAAUAAUAUUAUUAAUACAAAUCAAAUAAUAAAGUAAUUUUAGUUAGAGUUAGAUUUUUAGUAAAAAAAACAGUGUAUACAAAAGAAUAAUCUAAAAGGACAUAUUUUUGUAAAACCAAUAUAUUCCUUGCUACCCCCAGGAUUUAAAAAAAUUGCAAAAUCAUUGAAAGAUUAACAAUUAAGUUAAUACUUUGGUAAAUUUCAUAAAGUUUUUAUGCUGAGAAGUGUAUAUAUUUUAUUCUAACAUUUUAGUUCAAUGGUUGAAAACUAAUAUUAUUAUUAGGCUAUUUCUUACAUUAAUAGCUCAUGGACCAAAUCUGUAUUAAUAGAGAUUAUUACAGGUAAAGUAUAUUAUAUUUAUACAUAAAAUGACAAGAUAAUAUUUAUGACUGGUUAAAUAAUAAAUAGAUAUAAUAUAAUACAAUAUGAUUUAAAUAAGACCAUAUUGUAAAAGUUUAAAGGACAUAAUAGUUUACAACCAUUGUGACUGUUGUAUGUGUUUCCUUUUCAAAAAAAAAAAAUGUUCAUUCUAUAUGUAUUUAAUAAUUACAGUGAUCAUUUAUUAAUCUAUGCUCUACAAUUUAGUAUCAGACGUAAAAUUCUGUGGAUAACGAAAACCAUAUUUGGAAGGCCAUCAGAAUCAGGAAAGUUAAAAACUGGAUUAAUGUUUUACUGUAAUAAUUUUCCUUAGUUAAUUUAUGAACAAAAAUCAGAAGAAUGAUAAAAAUUAGCAACAUAUUCACAGGAAAUUCAUAUCAGUUUUAUGUGUUUCAGUUUAUAUUUGAUGUGAAAAUCGAAUGGUUCCAACUUUGGACAUAUCUGGUAGGAUCCAUGUUCUUAUCAAAGCUUUUUAAAGAAAAGAACUUGUGGAUGUUAAUUGAGACAUAAACCUUCAUUCUUUAGACUAUAAAAAUUAUUAAUUGUUGUCUCUUGUAUUAUUAAAAAUUAUGGUUUAAAAUUAAAUUGUGUUAAUAACAUGAAAUAAAUGAUACAAAACUGAUUUAAAUUAACUCAUUUUUAUCGUUCCUGGGAAAUAUUUUCUUAAAUUAUAUAUUCAUAAUCGUUCCUG